AUGAACCAAAAAAUUACUGUAUACGUGUACACGUUCAUUACCACAAUUACCAUUUGUUUUGCUAAUGAUCCUAGAGUCAUAAAACCUAGUUCAAAACCCGUACGAUUGUUUACCGAGGAGGAACUGAAAAGAUACGAUGGAAGUGAGGAUGGCCAACCGAUAUACAUGGCUAUUAAAGGAGUUGUAUUCGAUGUGACGACUGGAAAAGAGUUUUAUGGAAAAGAUGCACCUUACAAUGCUCUUGUGGGGAAGGACUCCACAAGAGCCGUGGCCAAAAUGUCCCUUGACCCUGCUGAUCUGACGCAUGACACUACGGGUCUUAACGAGCAGCAGUUGGAGUCACUAGAGCAAGUGUUCACAAACACGUACAAGGCCAAGUACCCCAUAGUUGGCUACACCUCUAGACGAAUCCUUAAUGAAGAUGGCAGCCCCAACAAAGACUUCAAACCUGAAGAUCAACAAGGCUUCAGUGUAAAAGAUGAGUUUUGACAUUGAGUUUCUGUUUAUGACUUUAAACACAUUUCUGUCCUUGUACAUUAGAUCAAUUUCCCAGAUAAGUUUCCUGUUUCACAGCGAACAAUACCACAGAGUUUCUUGACACUAUUUUUAGACAUUGCAUAUACUCUAGCUUUUUGUACAAUGAAAGUGUAAAGGAAGAAAGAGCAACAAGUGAAAUUU